AUGCUGGACUCAAAGAUCGAUACAUAUCGCAAGAUGUGGUCAUUUAUGGAGAAGAAUCCGUCAGUAUUUGUAUCGGAAUAUUCUGAGGGAAUGAAACGUGUAUUGGAGGGCGACUAUGCCUUCCUCAUGGAAUCGACAAUGUUGGACUAUAUGGUGCAGAGAGACUGCAAUUUGACUCAAAUCGGAGGACUUCUCGACAAUAAAGGCUACGGAAUCGCGACGCCUAUGGCAGCGAAAAUGAGUUCUCUUUGUGAUUCGGAUGUGACAGAGAAUCAGUUUAGUUUAGCCGAUUCAUUUUGGUUCACAAUUGUGACACUCAUGAAACAGGGCUGUGACCUGAAUCCCAGAUCCAUAUCGACGCGUAUAAUCGGUGCCAUUUGGUGGUUCUUCACGCUUAUACUCAUCUCCUCUUAUACGGCAAAUUUGGCCGCUUUUCUGACCGUCGAUCGUAUGAUUACACCCAUAGAGAGUGUCGAAGACUUGGCCUCACAAACCAAAAUCAGUUACGGAGCCCUCGAAGGGGGCAGUACUAUGACAUUCUUCCGGAUCAGUAACAGUCAGACGCUCAAAUAA